AUGUUUUGUAAAGCUGAACAAGAAGCUCUAGUUGCUGGCCAUGGUCGUGUCAAUCAACUUGGUGGAGUUUUCAUAAAUGGUCGCCCGUUACCAAACGAUAUCCGUCGAAAAAUUGUUGAAAUGGCUCAAGAAGGAAUUCGUCCAUGUGUCAUUAGUCGUCAACUGCAAGUAUCGCAUGGCUGCGUGUCUAAGAUACUUUCUCGUUACAACGAAACAGGCUCUUACAAAGCAGGUGUCAGUAACAAGCGCAGAGUGAAGAACAACACUGUUCAACACGAAUAUGGCAACUCAACAACCGAGGAAUCGGAUGAAAGCAAAAAUAAUUCCUUGAAUGAUACUUUGCCAUUACGUUCGAAUAUUAAUACACGUCGUUCUCGUUCGUCGUUUACUUCGGAACAAUUGGAUGUUCUCGAACAAUUCUUUGCUCAUACACCUUAUCCUGAUGUUACAACGCGAGAAGAUCUGGCACAACGUUUAAAUAUUGAACAAAGUCGAUUACAAAUCUGGUUUAGUAAUCGUCGUGCACGCAAACAGAAAACGGCAAGAUCUGUUUCGAAUGAAGAGAACAUCAUGCCAACUUACGAAACAUCUGCUGUUCCAGAAACUGCAGCAUAUGCUGUUAAUGAUCCUGUUUUUGAUCCGAGAAUCACUUCUAGUCCAUCUACAAACUAUUGGCCAGCGAUGUCUUCAAUGAGUUAUGGGUCGACAUAUCCAACAUAUUAUCCGAUGGCGGAUCAAUAUUAUUCAACGUACGGAAAUUAUCCAACAGCCUACUCGUAUUCCUCGUUUCCAUCUUGCUAUUGA